ACCACCCCAACAAACCACCAAACCACCCAAAUCAACAUGAAGUUCUUCCAAGCCGCUGCCCUCCUCCUGGCCAUGUUCGCUGCCCUCGCCAAUGCUGAGCCCGUUCCCCAACCCGGAACCGUGCUCAUCCAGACUGACAACACCCAGUACAUCCGCACCGGUUAGGACUUGGGAAUGACUUCGAAUUUCUUUGCUAACCUAUUUUGAUUUUCAAAUAAACAAAACUAAA